AUGGACGUCAACACCACCAAUAAAGCCCCCAAGGGCACCAUAGCCAUCGAAGAAGCCGUCCUCAACCCCUCCGGCAUCGCCUGGAUGGCCGAAACAGCCACCCUCUUCAACCCUUCCUCUUCUUCCACCUCCUCCGGCAACCCCCUCCAACAUCUCCACGGCCACACCACCCAUCUCCUUGAUAUCCACGACACCCGUCUGGCGCAAAUGGACGCCCAUGGCGUGGAAUACAUGCUCCUCUCCUUGACCUCCCCGGGGCCACAAGGCCAGAGCUCCCCCCUCGCAGCUGAACAGCUCGCGCGAGAGGCAAAUGAUUGGCUUGCUAGGGAGGUUAGCAAGAACCCGACUCGGUUUGGGGCGUUGGCUAGUGUCUCUAUGCAUGAUGCGGAGGAAGCGGCGGGGGAGGUGAGGAGGGCUGUUAGAGAGUUGGGGAUGUACGGGGUGAUUAUCAAUGACUAUCAAGAAGUUGAAGCAGGAGGAGAGGGGGACAGGGGGAAGAAAGUACAGGCCGUUUGGAAGGGGGUGGAGGAUUUGGGGGUGCCGGUUUAUAUGCAUCCUCGGUAUCCGCCUAAUAAGGAGUUGGGGCAGGGGACGGGAACAGCCGAACGGAAGCACUUGUUGGGAGCCGCGGUGCAGUUCCAUUUGGACUUGAGCAAGCAUUUGUAUGCGAUUUGUUCGAGUGGGGUGUUUGAUGAGUUCCCUGGGGUGCAAGUGGUGGUUGGACAUCUUGGGGAAGGCAUUCCCUUCAACCUCUGGCGAGCCGACCACUGGUACAACAAACCAGUGAAGAAAGCGUCGAGACCGUCGAAACACGAUUACGGAUACUACUUCAAGCAUAACAUCUCGAUUACGACGUCAGGGUUCUUUUCGACUCCUGGACUCAAGUUCUGCAUCGAUCAGAUUGGGGUGAAGAGGUGCUUGUUCUCUAUAGACUACCCCUACGAUACCAUCGAGGAAGCGCAAACCUGGUGGAAAGGAGUCGAUCUCCCCGACAAAGAGAAGGAGAUGGUCGCCAGAGAAAACGCCAUCAGAUUGUUCAAACUUCCCUUGGAACUCUAA